AUGUACCAGAGGUCGUGUAAAAUAUACAAAUCUCUCAAGCCAGUAACUCAGGAAGAUGAAUCAAACGACAGCGACGCAACCAGUCAGCCAAUAUUUCAACACACGUCAACUUCAACAUCUACUCCAAAGCCAAUACCCGGAAUAAAAUUGCCCAAAUCAUCAACUCAGUGGUCUGAGGCCAACACAUUUUUUCAGUUGGAACUUAGAUGUCUAGACGCUAUCACAGAUAUCGACAGUUUCGCUAACAGGUUCCAAGAGGCAAUCUACUCAUAUUUUGCUGCCAACUGUGGCACUUUAAAAAUGAUAUCAAAACCUGUUGAGCACAUAAAUCGUGAUAUUAGGCCUUUAAAAACAAAAUUGAGAAAUUUAAAAUCGUUGGCUCAUAUCGACACUCAAUUCAACAAUGAAAUACGUAUGCUGAGCAAACAGAUUAGGGCAAUACUAAAAACCAAUAAAAAUAAAAUACUAAAAAAUGAUAACAACAACAUUUCUUCUCAACUAAAGAAAAACUUUUGGAAAACAUGUAACAACAUCUUUUCAAACUCGACUUUGCAAUCUCCACACCUCAGCACCGAAGCUGCCACCAAUUUCUUCAAAAACACCUUGAACGCUGGCGAUCGCACAACGUUUCGCAUCCCUAAUUGGAUUAAAUCACUUCCUGCUCCUUCAUUUCAGGGUAAUUUGGAUCCGCCAUCCUAUAAAGAAAUUGCAACAAUUGUUCGUAAAAGUAAAGCAAAGGCAUCUCCAUCUCAAAAGAUGCCCAAUAAUAAGGACGCUCUUGUUGCACAUGAACAUGUUGCUGCUACAGCGAGAACAGGGCGGACCAAUCAGAAAAGGCCUUUGUCUUGGGUAGGCGUGGCUGCAUAA